AUUCUCACAUCUUCUUCAUUCCCUUAACUCAGAUCCUAAUUUCCCUUUUCGCCUUAAAUUAAACCAUCACCAUACACCAUACAACUUUAUUUUAAAACAAACAUAAGACGCCAACUUAAUUAGAUCUCUCAUCUCAAUUAUUUCAUACCUUGCACUCUUCUUUUCUUUCAACCCAAGUUUUCUUCAUCUCCCAAAAAUGUAUACGCAAUUUCUUCUUUUCUAAUUCCUAUUUGAAUUGAGCAAUCAUUCCUAAAUUACAUCUUUCUUAUUCUACCAUUAAGCUAUGAACCUUGUAACUUCAUCACCUCUUAGCGUAGAUUCUUCGUCAUCCACCGACUCAGAUUGGGAUAAUGGCGGCGGAAGCAGCAGCAGCAGCAAUGGAGAAGAAGACACAUCGUGCGUUAUCUCCGAUUGCGAAAGCUCAAUUUCUGGUGCCGAUAGAAGAAGAAUUAUUGGUGAGGUUAGAGAAAACAAGAAUGUCAUCGGAGGCUUUGUUAAGCUCGAAGAACAUGAGGCGGUUUACGGACUCAUAAAGACGAGGUUCCUGAAGGGUCUUGGCGGCGUCGGUGAGGUUGUGGCGGUUCACCGGAACCCGUGUGGGAGCCUGGUGGCGCAGGCGAAGGUGCAGAGCUUUAAAGUGUGGGAAAGAGCGGUGGCGAAGUUGCGUGGUGGGAAUGCAAAUGUGAAGUAUGGUUGGUUUGGAACGCUCGGUGAAAAUGACGUGAGGGAUAUUGUUGCUAACGGUUUUGGGCACCGCCAUGGUCAAACACUCGUUUUCUCUGCAGAUCAUUCUCCUCUACAAAGUGUGAAAAGAUGUGUUGCAGAUAAAGAUGGGGUGAGGCACUUGUUGCUAUGCCGAGUUAUUCUGGGAAGGAGUGAACUUAUUAUUGAUCCUUGUAAUAAUAAGCAGCAAUGCAAUCCUUCUUCUGAAGACUAUGAUUCUGGAGUCGAUAGUUUCUCGGAUCCUAAGAAUUACAUCAUUUGGAGUAGCCGAAUCAACACUCAUGUCUUGCCAGCAUAUCUUAUAAGCUACAAACUUCCCUCUUUCAAAGUUAGUGAGAAGAGUGGAGAGCAGCCAUUGCAGCCAUCAUCACCUUGGAUGCCAUUCCCAUCUCUGAUUUCUGUGCUUUCCAAAAAUUUGCCACCAAAUGAUAUUACCAUCAUCUCAAUGCUCUACAAAGAUCACAAAGAUAAUAAGAUUUCAAGGCAUGAAUUAAUACAAAAAGUGAGACGUAUAGCUGGAGAUAAGUUGUUAAUUGCGGUAAUCAAAUCUUACAAAGCCAAGAGAAAAACAUGCAAGAUCUUUCCAGAAGUCCAAACAUUGCAACAUGACAACUAGCUAGCAACUUGUUUAGGAAUUGUGUUUUUUAUGCUAUGAAUGAAUUCUCCAAUAUUGGUUGGAGGCAUGUACCUAACUUCAUAAUAACCAUUAACCUUACACUGAGCUUUAUAUGUAUAACAGUAAAAGAGUCUUAAUUAGAAGCCAGACUCAUGUUUUAUUUUGAGAAAAGAAUCACUUUUUUUUUUUCUUUUCAUUUCUGGUUGCAACUUGCAAGUUACACACAUGACUUGAUUCACUGUACCCUCUUUUAGAAAAAUAGAAUGUAAAUACAAAUUUUGUUCUGUCAUGAAA